AUGCAUUACACCGGUGGUUAUUUGAGCUAUUCACAUGUCUUAGCAACUUGUCCCUAUGAUACUGCUAUGCCGCUGCGUGAUCAUGAAGAAUGCCGCAUACAAAGUUGCAUAAGGAUGGAACAGGGAAAUUGGAUAGAAGAGGAUGAGUCGGCUUUUCGAAAAAACUUUUUUCUCGGUAUAGGUUUUGGAAGUGGUAGAGCCAAACUGAAGAAAAUCAUUAACAAGAUGGGUGCAGAAAAUUGCGAAGGAAAGCAAGAAGAAUGGAGCAGCCGCAUGAUUGCUGAGCAGCUUCGACGUUUGGCGGAUAAUUUUGAAGCUGAAUUUCAGAAAGCUAGUGCAAGCACUCGGCCAUAUCGAGAAAAAAGUGAUACUUUGCUUGUAAGUUCUCCUGAAUUGACAUACUUGAAUAUGAAAGAUUCAACGAUUGCCUAUAACCAUUGUUAG